AUGGCAGCAACACUAGCCUCGCUGCUGGGCCAAGCGUCCAUCACCGAUCACGAUCAAGUGCUUAGCGCCUGCGAAGCCACCCUCUCCAAAACAAAGAACGACCUCCAAGCCCUCCAAGUCAAGAUUGUCGCGCUACUGAACUUGGACCGCUUUCAAGACGCCAUUGCUGCGGUUGAGGCUGGUGGGGAGGACAUUAAGCAGAGAGCACGAUUGGAAUACGCCUAUGCGCUGUACAAGAAUGGACAGCCUGGAAAGGCUGCAGAGGUCGCCAGUCAAGACGGCAACGAGUCGGACAGGGGAUUGAGACAUGUUGAAGCACAGGCAAGUUACAGACACCAGGACUUUGAACGGGCCGCCGAGCUAUACCGCAAGCUUUCGGCACAAAGAGGAGCAGUCGACAACGAAGAUAUGGAUUUGCGCAUCAACACGGGCGCCACAUACGCCCAACUCGAAUGGGCUGGUCGCGCAUCUGCAGACGCGCCGCAGAAGCCUGCAAGAGAAGACAUGGAGGCUUUCGAGACCGCCUAUAACGCUGCUUGUCAGAGCAUUGCGCGUGAUGAGCUGGGUCAGGCCGAGGUUCUGUUGAGAAGAGCAAAAGAGCUGUGCGAAGCCUCUGAGAUGGACCAUGAGGAGAAGGAUGCCGAGAUUGUGCCCAUUUCCAUUCAGCAACUCUACGUCUUGAUCCGUCAGGGUAGGAUGGAGGACGCACAGGCUCUUGCUGCAACCAUCGAUUCCAAAGAUGUCCACGCCUUCCACGACUCGUCGACCCAAUUCGUCGCCCAGACAAACACAGCAGCCACUUCGACAGAAAGCAGCAACCCUUACCUCACUCACCGCUCCCUGUACAAGACUCCUUCAACCAUCCUGCCCGACAAGCCUUUUGCCUACCAAAGCGCUGCCAUUCAACGAAACAACUACACACUCGACCUGCUCGCCCACAAGUAUGAUGGCAUUAUCAGAUCUACCACAAACCUUGCCCAAACACCCACUCUUGACUCUGCCACAAUCUCUCUAUCUGCCUUUGGCGCCGCUGCCCACGCACAUAACCAAGCUGGAAAGGAAGCUCUGAAGUCUGUGUUGCCCGUGCUGGAACGCAGACCCAAUGACAUUGGGCUGCUUCUUGUUUGCAUGCAACUCUACAUCCACGCCUCCAACCCCGCCGCCGCAAUCUCGCUCCUCGAGAACUUCUUUACGCGACUCUCUUCGUCUUCGGAUGCUUCAGCACAAGAUGUUCGUUUUGCGCCUGGUUUGAUCGGUGUGCUGGUCUCUCUCUACACCUCGCGCGGUCAACACAGUCACGCCCGCUCCGAGCUCGCAAAAGCAGCAAAGUACUGGCGUCAACAUUCCAACCCACCCAUCUCUUCACGAGCACUCGGACACUUGUAUAAGUCCGCCGGCGCUGCAUUGCUGGAGAGCUCUGUACCUGCUGACCAGCAACUCGCCUCCGAACUCUUUACUUUCUUGCAUGAGAAGGAUACUUCAGACCGCUAUGCAUCGGCUGGUCUUGUCGCUGCUCUCGCACGCGCAAACCCUUCAGCCAUUGAUGAUGAGAAGUUGUCCGCCUUGACAUCGGUAGAUCGUCUCGUCAGCGGCAUCGAUGUCUCCGCACUUGAAAAUGCUGGAGUAGCAAAAUCUACACCUACCAUCGCUACCACAUCAACAAAGCGCUCUGCACCCUCCGACUCUGUCCCCGCCACAAAACCCAAAGCGAAGAAACUCAAGAAGAGCAAAACACCAAAGGACUUUGACCCAACCAAGAAGAUGGAUCCAGAGCGCUGGCUGCCCAUCAAGGAUAGAUCUUCAUACAGGCCCAAAGGAAAGAAGGGUAAAGCUAGACAAGCUAUGUUCAUGCAAGGAGGUGCUGUGGCCGAAGACUCUGGCGCCGGUUCAGGAGCUUCGACUCCCGCAACUCAAGUCGUCGAAGGCAAGAAUGCGGCCAAGAAGGGAAAGAAGAAGGGUAAAGGUGGUAAAUGGUAA